AUGUCUGGAGUAGAGAUCGCCGUUCCAAUCGCCCUAUUUUGCGCCAAACUAUUCGCCCAGCUUAACAUCAGUCUCCUGAACACAAACAACGAUGCCGAAGCAUUUGUCAUGCUCGAGAGCAACGUCAUAGACGACAUUUAUGAUGCGUACUUGUUCCAUGGGAAACUUAUGAGAUGCGUGGGAAAGGAGGAACUUUUGAAACGACGUGCAAUGGCCGCGAUUCGCAAAACCGAGAAGGCCUGUAAAGAGCCCUACAGUAGUCACAUGAACUGCGACGCCCCAACUGCUGCUUGGAUCAUGAGAUCCAGCGUCCAUUUUCAGCAAGCCAAACACCAAUUUGGCACCAAUGAGGCACAGAAAGGAAUUCCUGUGCCUCACCUGAAGGACCCUGAGAGCAGUCUGGGGGAUCGAAUUCAGGAUGGAAUGCUAAUAGGCAUCCAGAAUGACCUAGAAGACUUCUUCAAUAAGCAACUUGACAAGAUACAAGAGCGUAUCCGAGAUUUGAUGAGCAACUGGCAUACAGGCGGUAGACUCCACUACCUGUUGCUUUCUGGAGGACUGGGUAGCUCGGCCUACGUCCAAAAGAAACUCCGGGACUUUUGCGCCAGACACGACGACCUGAAGAACACGCAUGUCAUAGUGUCCCAUUGCCCUCGUAUGGCCGUUUCAAUGGGCCUUGUUUACGAUGCUAUGAGCAACCGGACGCUGCUGGCCGAGAUCUGUUGCCGAACGUCGUUCGGCCUGGUAUUCCGGAUGCCAAACGACAAAUCGCUGGUGUCAAGAUUGAGAUCAAAGUUCAGAGGUUUCAAGCCAUGGGGCUUUCAUCGUAGUCGAGACACUCUUGUUAGUGGUGUCGAUUGGUUCAUCAAGCAAGGUGACGGAGGUGUCAACGGUCGCGAGGCUACGCACCCGUACAAUGCCUCCUUCAAGACCAAUGCGCCACGAGUCUGCGAUGUUGAAAUCGUAGCAUCUCCAGACAAAAGUCUCUCGCCAUCCGAGAAGGAUCACCCGCAGAGUCGUGUCUUGAUACACGUCGACCUCGAGCAUUCCGACCCGCUCGAGGAGUUUACCACCUGGCGACAAGAAUCGUACCUCACAUUCCCCUUUUUCGUCAAGGCGACAAUCGAGCCGGCCGAGGUGAAAUUUCGUUGUGUUGACAGCAAGGGGAAGGAGGUGGGUGAGGGGGUUAGUUUCUUUGCCGAUGGCGGGCAUACCAUGCGCCCGCUUCUCAUGGGCUUACGCGAAGAUGAGGAGUAG